UCUGAAAAUGGAGACUCCCGAGUCUUCGGAGGACUUUGCUUCGCCACCUUUAGAUAUACAGCCCAGCUCUGAAGGACUAGAGAGCACUUCCAGUGAGAGUCCGAGGGCCGCCCCAGCUGUGAUAUGUGCCAAGGCUCCAGAGCAGUAUGCUUUAUACACAGAGCCCUCCUCUGACAGUCUUGUGGAGGCACCCUGCCCUUCUUUCCAUCAUACAGGCCAAGGGAAGUUUGGCUAUCAGCCCCUCUAUAUUUCUUACAUUCCUCGGAACCCCUGUAAAACCGCCGACCUCAGCGCAAGCCCUUCUUAUCCUGGCCGUAGCUCUGUUCACAGCUCUGGCUCUGGCCCUUGCUCUGAUUUUGACCAGGGCUUUCAACCUUCUCCUGCCUCUGGACCUGGUCCUGCCUCUAGACCUGGUCCUCCCGCUAGACCUUAUCCUGGCUGUCUAUCUUCUCCUGCCUCUGUAUCAUCUUCUCCUGCCUCUAUAUCCUCUCCUGCCCUUGGUCCUGCUCCUGCCUUUGGUCCUGCUCCUGCUCCUGCUCCUGCUCCUGCUCCUGCCCCUGGACCUACUCCUGCCCCUGGACCCGGACCUGGACCUGGACCCGGACCCGGACCUGCUCCUGCCUAUGGAUCUGUUCCCGCACCAGAAUUUGUUCUUGCCCCUGGACCUUGCUGUAAGGAGAUAUACCAUCACCCCUGGAAACCUGUGCAAGUCUCAGAACCUGGAGUACGAGGGCCAUACAAACCCCCAAAAUCCAAACCUGAUUGUUUCCGUAAGACACUGCCACGUGGCCAUUGUCUCCUUUACAACUGGGAGGAAGAGAGAGCCACCAACCACCUGGAUCAAAUUCCAAUAUUGAAAGAUGUCCCUGAGAGUUACUUCUUCCGACAUGGACACAAAGGACUGCUGAGCAUACAGCUUCCAUCACCCAUGCCUUGUGUCACCACCCAGAAAGAUUCAUACCAGCCUCCAAGACACACCUGUCAACCACUUCGAGGGAAGCGUGAAGCCAUGCUGGAGAAGCUCCUGCAUGACCAGAUCUGCAAAGAGGUGCAAGAAGAGCAAGAACCUACAAGGGAGUUCUUUGAGGCCAAGUCGGUAACACACCAUGACUACGGAGUGGAUGGAGUACAGACAGGGCCUCCAGCCCCAACCAAGCCUCAUGAUUACUGCCAGGAACAGCCGGAAACCUUCUGGAUACAGCGAGCACCGCAGCUGUGGGGCGUCAGUAACAUCACGACACUGGACACACCAUUCCGGAAGAACUGCAGCUUCUCAACACCAGUGCCCUUGUCUCUGGGACAGCCUUUGCCUUAUGAACUUGACAGCUACCCCCACCAAACGGUGUCUUCCCUUGCCUUGGAGGAGGGCAGGGGUGUGGAAGGGAGAGAACAACUCCAGUCUAAGGGUUAAGGAGGGAAGGGGACAUGGAAUUUGGACUGUAUUUCUGUUUGUACCACAGAGGUAGGUGUGAGUGGAGCUAAUUCUCUGCACUUGAUGAGGGUUUCACAUAAAGCACUCUCAUCCUGAGGAUACUAACUGUUGAUUCUGUGAAUAACUGUUUCCACACCUACUGUUCUUCUUUUGGGAUGGCCUGGGCAUCUCUAGACAAUGACACCAUGAUUUGUUACUGUUGUUGUUUUAUACUUGGACAAAAUAUUCUGGUCUAGAUACAGAUAUUUACAAAAGUCAGGAAGAGGACAAAGCCGGGACGGGAAGGUAUA